GGCGCUUAUAUCUACCUUAAUUUACUAAGCAUGGCAGUAAAUCUGUGUACAAAUCUAAAAGUCAUAGUAGGUGAAAAGCCUUAUUGGGGCGGUACAUUAAACAAUUUAAAAGAAUUCGUGUCAAAUGAAUUGAAACUUUCUGGCGGAUGGACGUCGCCUGGUGGUGAAGUCAAGCUGUUCACUAGUGAUACAGCCAAUGUGAGUUUGAAAUGGCAUAGUAAAACCACGAAAUCGAUUACCCUGUUUGGAGAUUCAAUAGAAACAAACGAUCUAAGUAAGUUACUAUCGACUAUGUGUAAAGAAAAGCCCGAGAAUCUGGUUAACGAUGCUGUUAAAUGGCAAGGCUUUGAUGGUUUCAAACAGCAAAUGUUGGAAUUCACUGAAAACAUGAACACGAAAAUGGAACCCUUAGAACUGAGGUGA